UUUCAAUUUGAUAAAAUUACAUAAUAAAGAACUUUUUAGAUAUUCUGGAAUCUGCUCUUCUACGUGUAGUGACUUGAGCCAUAGUUUUGCUCGUGUUCACAUUUUUAAAUAGAGUUAUGAUUCCGCUUAGCUAAAACUGGUGGUUCAUCAAAUUCCACAGUCUAAAAUGACUUCUAAAGACAGUAAAACGUUUGAAAAACUGAAACAGUUUUUUCGUAUUAACAAAGGAGCUACAAAUGCAGGAGCUCUUCGUGUCAAAGAAGACUACACUCUCACGGUAGAACAAGAACGUGAAAUUUCAUCUGAAACAUCAUUAAGUAAUAGGAUUAAAGCAAUCAAAGAAUUAUCUGAAGUAGCGCGAUCACAUCGACUUGAAGAUAAAGCUGUUGAAACAUUAUGGACUCUAGUAAAAGAUUUACUAAGUAGUGAUGUUGCUAAAGAACAUCGAAAUGUGGUUUUCACAUUUAUUAAAUGUAUAAUUGUUGGUCAGUAUGAAACAUUGGGUAUAAUGAGAAAACAUAUUUUCAAUUUUAUAAAAAGUCAUAAUAUAGUAGAAGACUUAUCAUGCAGGUUAGAAUUAUUAGAAAGUCUUACAAAUCAUGGUCAUAAUAUUGUAUACUUGGAAGAAGAAAUAUGUUCUUGGCUUACAUGUUGGGGUGCUUCUGAAUUAGUACCUGCAGGGUUUACAAUUGAAUGGUUACAAAUGUCAAUUAAUCUCAUUAAAUACAAUGGAUCAUUUUUGGAUGAUGAAGUUAUUAACGCUAUUGUUCAAAGCUCUUUUUAUGUAUGCUGUCAUAGCCAAGAUGAAAAAGUCGUCAUAGAAAGCUUACAACUUUUAGAUACAAUCAUUUGUUAUAGUUACUUGCCUCCUCCAUCUUUACCAAUAUUUAUUGCUGCUUUAUGCCAUACAGCAAAUUCAGAAGCAUAUUGUGCACAAUGUUGGAAAACAAUGAGAAAAUUACUGGGGACUCAUAUGGGAUACUCUGCUUUACAUUUGAUAUGUCAGCUACUCCAUAAAGAGAUAUCAAACAAUAAUAUUGGCAUUAUAAGAGGCGGAGUCUUUUACAUAAAUAUGGCAUUGUGGAGUAAUAAAUGUAUAACGUCUUUUAAAAUAUCACUGCUCUCAGUAUUACCUUCAAUUUAUUUUGCUUUGUCAUGUGAUCAUCCAUUAGUUGUUCUAGAAGUUGUAUUAGGUAUGGAGUGUCUCAUUACAAAAUCUGGAGUCGAUCUACAAAAUAUGGCAUGGGAAAAAGUUUUAAAAAUUUUGAAAAGUACUGCGGAAUUUGUCAAUCGAAAUAAUGCCAAUUCACUUCCAGUAAUUGUCGAACAUAUCAAUGAAACCCUUUCUAAAAUAGAAACACUUGUGUCAACAAAUUUGUAUAAUGGCAGUUUAGAUACUAUUUAUGAUGUCAUUGAAACAUUUUCACUAUAUAGACCUGAAUCUUCCAUUUUUAAACUUAUGGCUUAUAGAAAAGAGUUUUUAGUUCCAACUCAGUACCGUUGGAUUGAAAAUCUAACAUUAUUUUUAAAUCACUUUUAUAUCAAAGAAAAUAGAGCAACUAUUAGAAUACAUGCUGUGAUUCAUACUCUUGAAGAAGUUUACCAUAAAAACAGCUCAAUAUAUGAAAAUGAAAUUAUGGCUGUAAUACUUUCUACUUUUGGUGGAGUUUCCAAUGAUUCUGAUUCUAGUGUCAGACAAGUAGUUUGUCAACUUAUUAUUAGAAUUUGUUCGGAGUGUAGUAGUCAAUAUCAUAUUCAAUUACUUGAAAUACUAGAAAAGAUCUUAUUAAGACCCUAUCAAACAAAUAUCACCAUGCCAUUAUUGGAAUCUGAAAUAGAUGACAUUAAAUUGACUGUUGAAGGACUUUCAAAGUUGUUUGCAAAAUUUAUUUAUAAUCAUCCUAUGGAAUCAGCUGAAAAAAUAUUAGAUAUGCUGGUUAUUCAUUUACAAUAUCACUAUGAUCAACCAACAGCCCUUGAAAAUUUUAAUUCAAUACGGUUAAUGAUAUUUGAACUAUUAUCAAAGUUACGAGCAGACUCUAGAUUUAGAUUAGGAAUCCAAGGAUCCAAUAUUUAUUCACCAUUUAUUUACGUAGACCGAUAUGGACAUGGAACUCCUUUUAGUCCUAAUUUUUCAACAGAAGAAAUAAAAUCUAACAACAUUUUUGUGCAUUAUAAACAUAUAUCAUUAGCUGCGGCUUGUAAAAUUGUGAUAACAGCAUUAAAAGAAGAACUUGACUGGAAAGUUUUAUGUUAUAUACUGACAGAAGUACCACAAAUUCUAAAACAUAAAGCACUAAUACUAUCUGGAAAUGAAGAAUUUGAUCCUGCAUAUGAUUUAGUUUCUACUUUGUGUUUUUUAGUUAAUGAUAAAAGUGUUGUUAAAACUUUAAAAAAUACUCCAUCUAAAUGGCUCAAAACUGAUUUUCAAAUAGCUGUUUAUCCAGCAUUAGCAGCGUUUGUUUCAUAUCAUAAUAGUCUUGAACCUCCUCUUCAACAAAAACUUGUUAAAUGUUUACAAUCAGGUUUGGUCAAUAGAUGUAUUCAACCAGUUGUAAUGGCAUUGACCACGUGUAUCUUAGAAAUGAGAGAUAUUAUGGUAAAAUUAUUACCAGAAGUCUUAUUAAACAUGUCUAAACUUUCUGCUACUGCACAAAUUGCUGUACCUGUAUUGGAAUUUCUUUCUAUGUUGAGUCGUCUUCCUAAAGUAUUCUCAAACUUUGUAGCUGAUCAAUACAUGUCUGUUUUUGCUAUUGCAUUGCCGUACACUAACCCUUUUAAGUAUAAUCACUAUACAGUAUCAUUAGCUCAUCGAGUAAUAGCUAUUUGGUUUCUAAAAUGUCGCACAUCUUUUAGAAGAAAUUUUGUUGAGUUCAUAAAAAAUGGUUUAAAACAAAAUGUUUUGGUUCCAUUUGAAGGCCGUUCUAUCCAUAAAUGUGACAUUCUCAAUGAAGAUUCAUCUAGUCGAAAAAGAAGUUCAAGUUUAACAGAACAAGGGAGUCGUAGACGUGAAAGAUCAGUUAUUGGUGUAAGCCGUAGUCCAAUGAAUGAUUUGAAACCUCCUAUUGAUGAUGAACUUUUAACAUUUCAUAAAGAAUUAACUGAAACAUGUAUGGAUCUUUUAGCAAGAUAUGCUUUUGCUACUUGUUCAGCUUUACCAAAAAGGCAUCCAACAGCUGAUUUUAUCUUAGAAGGUGGUCAAUCUGCUACAUGGUUAUUAGGAACGAAAUUAAUAACAAUAACAACUAGUGGAUGUACUCAAAAACCCGUGCGAAAUGGAUUAUGUAGUAAAUGUUGUCAAUCUUGUCGACAAAAUGUUGAUCGCUCUAGAAUGUCUCCUAAACCUGAUGAAAAAUCAAAAUUAUCAGUUUCUCGGAGCCAAAGCAGUGAAGCUAGUAGUGAUCAAUUUGAUAUAAAUACCCCAGUUAAAGGAGUCAUUUCACCAUCUUUAUCAACAACAACCAGCUCACCAGGAGAAGACCCUAAAAAAUUUUCUUCGCAUGUUGAUUCCAAUGAAACAUUUGAUUUGUCUAGAAAAGAUAGCUUUUCUAGUAUAGAUCGAUUAGACAAAAAGCAAAGUUGUUCAUGUUGGUGUCAAUCAUGGGCAGAAAUUUGUGUACGAUGCCCUACAGGUGUAAUGUCCUGGAUGAUCCGUGUACAAAAUGACCGUAAUUUCCAGGAUUUUCAUUCUGAUUCAUCAAUGUUUGAUGUUUCAACAUUAUUUCAUCCAACUCUCGGUGUGAAAGUAUCUAAUGGAGAGAUUGACAGGAUAUCUCAAUAUUUAGAUGAAGAAAAGCAAAUUUUGGAGCAGUGUAUUAUAAAUGAUGACACUAUAAAAAUGGAGCUCAAUAGUAAAUCUCAAAAUCGAAUAUUAUCUGAUCCUGUUUGUAUCCCAGGUUCUCCUCUUAAAGUUACUCCUUCUCGACAAAUCUCUCAAGAAAAUUGUGAAGUUGAUGAAGAAUAUUUUGAUGUAGAAGAUUAUGAUACUGAAGAGGGACGUUCAAGAAAUCCAGUAAGAAGAUCUAAUUCUAGCCCUGAAAUGAGUUCAGGUUGGAAAAAUCCAUUUAUGAAAGAUAUACCUACUCAUGAAUCUGAUGAUAUUACCAAGGAUCCUAGUAACGUCACCAAACAUCUGGACAUGUUUAAUAAUACUAUAGAUGCAAAAAAAUUGAAACAAAAUUACAGUAAAGAUUUACGAUACGGUUCUAAAGCAAAUUGUGAAGCAAUUCCUGAAGAAAUAUGUGGCACUGGUUCAACUCCACCAUCAAAUAUGUGUCAGCCUAAACCACUAACACUAAAUUUAAAUAUAGAUUCCACUGAGAAAAAAAAUGAAGUCAUGACUCCCGAAAUUAAAAAAAAUAAUGAUAAAGAAAGACCAAAACUACAACUGAAAUCAACUAAAUUAAAUUCAUUUAAUGAAAGUGAUUCAUCAACUAAAUCUUCAGCUGAAAGUGUUGAUACUAAACAAACUACAGAAUUCCCUCUAGUUAAUUAUUACCAAGAAGAAAAAAGUAGAUCACUAACAUCUACACCAUCUUACCUUGCUACUAAACCACCAUUGUCACCUCCCAUUAAUUAUGGUCAAUUGUAUGGCUCACAAACACUAGAGAAGAUUGAAAAUGAUUCAGAUCCUCCAUUAUUAUUUAGAGGUCGUGUUCACACAUUAGCUGUGAUGGAUACUAUAAAAAAACCAACUGGUUUACCAGCAAAUUCUAGUGUAUUAUUUAGAAAUUCGCGGACUAAUCCACCAAAAGAAACUAUACGAUCUGGAAUAAAUCCAAGUUUUGUAUUUCUUCAAUUAUACCACUCAACCCAUUUUAGUAGUGCUGAUAAUGAUGCUAAACCAAUUCUACUACCAUUAUCUCAAACUAUGAUACAAAGAGCUGUCCAACAUUUAGAUUGGAUACCUCCUUACGAAUUUCAUAAGAUUGGAGUAAUUUAUGUGGGUAUGGAACAAGCCAACUCUGAGAUUAAUAUUUUACGAAACCGACAUGGUUCUCCUAGGUAUACUGAAUUUCUUAAAGGACUAGGAACACUAAUCAAGUUGUCAGAUGUAGACCCCCAAAGUGUAUUUUUAGGUGGAUUAGAACGUGAUGGAACUGAUGGGAAAUUCACCUAUAUUUGGCAAGAUGAUAUAAUGCAGGUAUAAAAAUUCUAUAUUACAUAAUCACUAAA